AUGGCAUCCGCCAGCAACUACUCCUCUGCUCCGGUCUCCGAAUUCCUCCUCACCUGCUUCCCCAACUACCAGAGCUGGCAGUACUGGCUGUCCCUGCCCCUCAGCCUCCUCUUCCUCCUGGCCAUGGGGGCCAACGCCACCCUCCUGGUCACCAUCCGGCUGGAGGCCUCUCUGCACCAGCCCAUGUACUACCUGCUCAGCCUCCUCUCCCUGCUGGACAUGGUGCUCUGUCUCACCGUCAUCCCCAAGGUCCUGGCCAUCUUCUGGUUUGACCUCAGGGCCGUCAGCUUCUCUGCCUGCUUCCUCCAGAUGUUCAUCAUGAACAGCUUCCUGACUAUGGAGUCCUGCACCUUCAUGGUCAUGGCCUACGACCGCUAUGUGGCCGUCUGCCACCCUCUGAGGUACCCCUCCAUCAUCACUGACCAGUUUGUCGCCAAGGCAGCCAUCUUUGUUGUGGCCCGGAAUGGCCUUCUUACGAUGCCAAUCCCCAUACUUUCUUCGCGACUCAGAUACUGUGCUGGGAACCUCAUCAAGAACUGCAUCUGCACUAACCUCUCCGUGUCCAAGCUCUCCUGUGAGGACAUCACCUUCAAUCGGCUCUACCAGUUCGCGGCCGGCUGGACCCUUCUGGGCUCCGACCUCGUCCUCAUGGUCCUCUCUUACUCCUUCAUCCUGAAAGCCGUGCUGAGGCUCAGGGCUGAGGGAGCCGCCGCCAAGGCCCUGAGCACCUGCGGCUCCCACUUCAUCCUCAUCCUCUUCUUCAGCACCGUCCUGUUGGUCCUGGUCAUCACCAACCUGGCCAGGAAGAGGAUUCCCCCGGACGUGCCCAUCCUGCUCAACAUCCUGCACCACCUCAUCCCCCCAGCGCUGAACCCCAUUGUUUAUGGGGUGAGGACCAAGGAGAUCAAGCAGGGAAUCCAGAAGCUGCUGAGCAGGUUGUAAGCAGUAAAAUG